CGUAAAAAUUAUACAUCGCGAUUCUCGCAUCUACUCAAUGUUUUGCCAUCGAAGCGAACGUGAUCGAUCGGCAGCGAUUGUGAGCUCGCGGACACGCCAUAGACACGUGACGCGAUAGAAGCAAGCUCAACCUUCAAAAAUAAAAGAAAAACACCGUCAACUGUGUCGAGUUUACAUACAUCGAUUCCAACAAAACCAGAAAAAAGAAUCGUUGGUCGGGGUGAAUCGACGCGAAAUCGCGGGAACCCGCGGGCCCACGUUUUUGAACUCCAUCGCGGCGGUGGAGGUGGACGCGGCGGCCGCGUCUCGCCGCGGACGAUCGAACAAUCAACACUGCAACACCGCGACAAACGUCCUUGGACCCACGUGGAUGCCCUAGGACUCAUCGUUGCUGGUGCUGUACCCCUGGUUGCUUCAUCCCGGGCUGCACUGGAGUGCUGCUCUCUCUUCUCUCUUCCGUGUUUCCCUGCCGCUAAGCCAAAAUCCCACCCCCUUCUACCCUGAUAUCGAGUGAUUGACGGCCCGACGUUUAUGUGACCCAUCAUCGUUUUCGUCACCAGUAACAAUACACAAAAUGGAGUCGGCAUCAACAGCAGAUGUUGACGUUUUGCUCUUCCCACCAGAAAAACGAAUUAAAUCGGCUGUCUGGGAAUAUUUUGGCUACCAGAAAGAUGACAAAGGCUGCCUUAUUAAUACUGGAUGGCCAAUUUGCCGAACGUGUUUGGUUGCAGUAUCCAACAAGGCUGGUAACACAUCAAACAUGAUGACUCAUUUGCGUGAAUAUCACCCAGCACUGCAUACAGAAGCGUCAUCUUCUGCUGGUGUUUCCUUUGUUUCACCAAGCACCACCCUUGCUACUCCUAGAUCCAUUCGACUGUCAUUUGCUGAGACUAUUGAAGGGACAAGGUCUAAGAAGUUGAAUCGUGAAUCAAAAGAGGCCAGAGCUUUGGAUAAGGCUGUGUCCUACUUCCUGGCUAAAGACAUGCAACCUUUUUGCACAGUUGAAAUGCCUGGUUUUAAGCAGCUUGUCUCCAAGCUGAAUCCUAAGUAUGACAUGCCUGGCAGAACCUUUUUCACGACAAAGGCAGUACCAGAACUUUACAAUGAAACAAAGGCCAAGGUCCAGCAGUCAUUGGAUUCUGCCUGCUGGUUCUCUGUCACAACUGAUACCUGGGUGGGCUGCACUGGGAAAGGGGAGCCCUACAUGAGUCUGACAGUGCACUACAUCAGGGUAACAGCAGACGGUGAAUGGAAGCUCGAGUCACACUGCCUGGAUACAUGCUACAUACCUGAGGAUUACAGCGGCAUGCACAUUGCAGAAGCUUUCCAAGAAAUGCUGCAAGAGUGGAGCCUAAAUGUCCUCAAACUGAGCAGCGUCAUCACAGAAAGUGCUACCAGCAUGAAAAAGGCAUUCAGUGAGCGGAUGAAAUUGCAGUGGUUGGGCUGCUUUGGCCAAAACCUAAACCUGGCCGUUCACAAGUCUCUGAAGAUCGAGAUUGUGGAGUCGGCAGUGAACUUAUGUCGUAACGUGGUAAGUGCCUUCAAUAGGAGCUGGAAGAAGAAGAGGGAAUUGACGAAGAAACAAGCUGAGCUAGGAAUGGAGCAGCAAACCCUUAUUCAAGACACAACAACCAAGUGGGGGGGCAUAUACGAAAUGGUGGCCCGACUCCUGGAACAGCGGCAACCUGUGCGUGCUGUGUUGGCAGCAGACCAAGGAAACUUGCAUCUUAAUCCAAUGGAUACUGACAUUGCAAUACUUGAAGACCUGGCAGCGGUGCUCGGCCCACUGCACGAGUUCACAGACUCAUUGGCCUCUGAAAAAUAUGUCACUGUGUCUGCCUUGCGACCAGUAUUACACCACAUCCUGAAUGACAUAUUGGGGGAAAAGUACGGUGACACCAGCUUGGCGAGAGACUUAAAGACGUGCAUCGCUGGUGAACUCAAGUCUUGCUAUGCCAGUGACAAUGUUAAGAUUCUCGAUGUGUGCUCAUUUCUAGAUCCUCGAUUCAAGAGUGACUUUGUAACAGAUUUACCAUCUGUCACUGUGGAUUUGAUGGAAUGCAUCAGCGCAGUGGAAGAAAAUAUUUUCACGACGCAAAGUGUUGCCACGUCUACAAAACUAGAAUCCGGUGCCAGCUCAACAGGAGCUUCUGCUAAUGUGACUACCUCUCCUGUAAAAGAAGAAGUGCCUGGUGCAAUCGGAGCCAAAACUAACAAACUUGGGGCAAUACUGAAAAAGAUUACGGCCGCCAACCAACUUCAUAAAGAAGGCACCGACGCUGAUGACGGUGCAUCAUUAGCAAGCAGAGUGAAGAAAGAGAUCCACCACUACAUUUCUGAGCCUCUAUAUAAUGCUGAAAGUGACCCUCUGCGCUGGUGGUCCGUUCGUUGCAUUGACUUUCCCUUGCUGUCAAAGGCAGCUGAGAAGUAUCUGUGCAUCCCUGCCACCAGCGUACCAUCUGAGCGAGCAUUCGGCACACCGGGGCAAAUUGUCACACCGUUUAAAUCACAGCUGUCUCAUGAACACUUAAACAUGCUUAUUUUCUUGCAUCACAACUUAAAGUAAGCCUUGACUAUUGUAGUAACGCAUUUUCUGGAUAAAGUACUCUGGAAAAUAGAUGCACCCCAUACUUACAUAGGAGCCAACACGUGGGAGUGGUGGUUAGCACACAGCGUUCACUGAUACCAUAAACUCGCACCCCAAACUUGCACCCGGUAUCAAUAAAGUUAUACAUCUGGUAACAUCUACCGAAUUAUAAGAUGCAAUGCCCAACUUUUGCUUUAAAAUAAGGGGGAGAAAAUGAUAGAGAAUAUGGUAGUUUCCAUUUUGUGUAACUGACAGCAUGUGUGUCGAAACAAAGCAAUUUGGAUUGUAAAGUUUUAAUGAUUCUAAGACUUAACGCAGGUUUUUUUUGUUAAACUGCAGUUGCUGGCACAGGCGCAAAGACCCAAAAUGUCAAGCAGUCUUCAACAGACACCACUGUCAAAGUUGUACGAGAUAAGAGUUAACUUUAGAAGUUAAUUUAGCAAGGUUAUAAGGACUUGGGAAAGAGACAAGUGGGAUUUCCAAAGUUGACCAGUGCACUGGAAGAAGAAAGAGAAGUGGUUUGAGCCAUAGUAUGGGAGUCGAACAGUCUGGAUGUAUGGUGGUUGAACAGGCAAGUAGAUUUAAUCCUCAAGAUGGGUAUAGGAAUCCCUGAGUGAAAUCCAUAAAACAGUAACGGUCUUAGCAAGAGUGAUACUAUGGUGACUGACCGCCGGUGAGCGAUUGACUUGAGUGAAUCAGUGAGUUCUGGAUCAUUAAAUCAACCUGCUGUAUACAAUCUAUCAAGUAUAGUGAAGUAGGAACUGGAUGCUUUACUCAAUAUAUGACAAUUUUUCCCAUUCAAAUUUGUGAUUAAAACAGUUCAGAGUAAAGAAAAAGGCUUUGACAUAAAAGAAAACUAGCUAUGAUACCUCCUUAGCCAGAUUAGUAAUACUGUAUAGCAAUUCCAUGACAUCAGGUUGGGUUGUUCCAAGUAGAUUAAUAGUUUUACUAUGGAUAAGAAUAUUGUUUAAUAUGAUGGCAGGAACAAUGAAAUUUCCAGUAUUACAUGAUAUAUAAAAUACGUAUCACCCUUUUUUUUUACUCCAUAUAUGAUGACUUGCCCUUUUUAUGUUGAGUGAACUGCAGUUAAGCAAAUAAGUCAUCUUGAUACCGGAAGUAUUGCAAAACACAACAAAAGAUAUACGUGUAAAAUACAAUUAAACGCAAUUUAUGAGAAACUGACAUCGUGACUAUACCACAACCUAAAUGCUAACACCUGUACACAUGCACCCUGCAAAAUGUUAUAUAAAACAAUGUCUCGAAUCUGAUCCGCUGAGGACUGAGGUACAGAAACACUCCGACUAGCUGGACUAAUACGGGGGGCCCUGGUUCGGUUAGCUGAAACGUCUGGCUUGCCACGUAAUUUAAUGAAAACCUCCGGUUUAAUGUAUUGUUAUCAGGCUUGUUUACACAGGAAAGCCUCGCUGAAUCUAGACUUUUUCUGAAGGAUCUACCAAAUGCUUGUAGGAGGGAGUGAUGAUUGCUAUGUAUAUUCCAAUUGAGUAAUUUGCAGAAAUUUUUUCAAACUUGGACCAUGACGCCCACACACAAUGGCCUAUUCUUGCGAAUGACAUAAUGGGAUCUUGAACGUUCACUGUGAAACAGAACACGCUAUUGAUAGUCCAUGUCACUGCCGUACGUAACAAAAAUAAAAUCUUGUGUACAUAUGUUAAAUGUGUGCAUUUUACUCGA